CAUUCUCGCUGUCUCCAAUUCAGCAAGUAUGUAAAUGUCAUUUUUAUAUAUAAUUUACAAAAAUUUUGCGUUAACGGCUGCGAACCAUAUAUUUUUUUAUUGUUGUGCAAGUAAAAAAAGUUAGCUAUUAUCAUUUUCCUAAUCGCGAUGUAUGUUUUGGGCGAUCAUAACCUCGUCGUGCACAUCACGUAACUUCUAAAGGCUCCGAUGGUUAGGAAAACGAUGGUACUGAGCACGGAGUGGGCGCAGGUGGAAGUGGUUGAGCUUAUAAAUGAUGGCAAUGGAUUGGGUUUUAACUUAGUCGGCGGCAGGAGCACGGGCGUGGUGAUUAAGUAUGUGCUUCCCGGUGGAAUAGCUGAUAAAGACGGGCGACUGCAAAGCGGAGAUCACGUACUGCAGGUUGGAUCAGUGAACUUGCGAGGAUUCACCUCAGAACAAGUUGCCGCUGUCCUGCGACAGGCGGGCCCAACUGUUCGCCUACUAGUCGCAAGGCCGGCGGAUCCUGCUGCUGCACUACGUGCCCCGCUUCCAGGGACAGCUCUGGUACCUACGAAGCUGCUAGCCGACCCUGAACUUCUCGAUCGUCAUUUAAUAGAAACGGGUUAUGGCGCUGUGUAUGAUUUAUCACAAUGUUACACUGACUAUAUAAAUGGCGAUGUUGAGAACUUGGUAGCGGCUGUCAGCGUGUUAGGCGAGAAUCCACAGCAGAUCACAGUUAACCCAAUCAUAGCUGACAACAUUUCGCCAACUAUAACAAUAACAGUACCAGUAGAAAUACCAACUUUACCUGAGGUGGACAUUGUGCAUGUGGAUUUAAACAAGAAUGUGUAUGGUUUAGGUAUAACUGUGGCUGGAUAUGUAUGUGAAAAAGAAGAAUUAUCAGGAAUAUUUGUGAAAAGUAUAAUAGAAGGCAGUAGUGCUGAACAAAGUGGUAAAAUCAGGCUUAACGAUAGAAUAAUUGAAGUUGAUGGUGUCUCCUUGGCUGAUAAAAGUAAUCCUCAGGCUGUGGAGAUACUGAGAAACACUGGUAUAUCGGUGCAUUUAGUUUUAGAAAGAUACUUGAGGGGUCCAAAGUUUGAACAUCUUCAGUUAGCCAUAUUCAAUGAGGAGAGACCAACAUCACCCUCACCAUCAGCUACCACCCUCACAUGGUUUCCAGUGCCUUCACAAGCUGACAACAGUACAGUUGAAAUUGAACCAGAGCCUGUGUCUAACACUACUAUUGAUUCAAGUGUUUUAGAAGUUGGAGAUGAUAAUGAACAUGAAGAAAAUGAACCAACCCAAGAAGAAUUAGAUAGAAGAAUUGAUGCAAUAUUGGCAGUAGAUGAAGAAGUGAUUAAAAAGAAAUGGGGAGAAGAAAUUGGACCAGAAAAAGAGAUAUUAGUGGCAGAAGUACACAAGCUUUCAGGUUUAGGAAUAAGUCUAGAGGGGACAGUGGAUGUAGAAGGGGGUCAGGAAGUGAGACCCCAUCACUAUAUAAGAUCUGUUCUUCCUGAAGGGCCAGUUGGACAGCAAGGAAUGCUUACGGCUGGGGAUGAGCUACUCGAAGUUAAUGAAUACAGGUUGCAUGGCUUGACACAUACAGAAGUUGUAAAUAUUCUCAAACAGCUACCCAAUCGUGUGCGUCUAGUUUGUGCACGAAGCAACACUGAUAGCGGGCCCAGGCCUGUUAUUAAUUUAGCACAGGACCGAGAAGGCUUCGAAGCAAGGAAAAUUAUAUCUGGAAGCCUAAACAAUUUAACUACUCUUGUAAAAGCUCAAUCAGACACAUCCAUAAACACAUCUAGUACUGCAACAUUGACUAAUCACUCCAGUCAGUCCAAAAAAUCCAAGUCCUUAGAAUGUGUGUCUGGCUUAGCCAUGUGGCAAAGUAGAGAGGAUAUUGUGGAAUUAAUUAAAGGCGAUCAAGGACUUGGUUUCUCAAUUCUAGAUUAUCAAGAUCCAGUGGAUCCUAAUGGCACCGUAAUUGUAGUCAGAAGCUUGGUACCCGGUGGUGUAGCAGAGAAGAAUGGUCAAAUUUCACCUGGAGAUAGAGUGAUGUCAGUAAACGGAGGUAGUAUAAAAAAUGCAACCCUUGACCAAGCAGUGCAGGCCUUGAAAGGAGCUCCUAGGGGAAUUGUUCGUGUCGGUAUAGCAAGACCACUACCAUCAAAUGAUAAUUCAAAAUCGAAAAGCACUACUACACUGAACACAAAAGCGAGCUAAUCUUAACUCCAUGAUUUAACUCACUGUGUUACGACUAGUCAACGUUAAAACCAUAUCUAUUUUACGCUUAGUUAAGCAUGAUUUACACUUAGCGUUUAAAACGCAGAAUAUAAAAUGGUAGAUACAGAUUAAGCCUAAAUUUUACACUACAAAUGUUAGGUUUUUAGAAAGGCAAUCGCACCAUAGAUCGUAUAGAUAAGUUUCAUGUGGCAUUUAAAUGUCCUCAGCUCAUGAAAACUGGGCUCAAGAUCUGCAAUACAAUAAUACCUGACGCUUUACUAGAUAAUUGUACAUUUUAAAUCACAUGCCCUUUUGUAUUGCACAGAUUUUAUUACAUGUAUAUAUUUGUAUAACAUUAACACAGAAUAAAACAACUAUUUAUAUACCCAUUGCUUUCAACAUAUAUCAAAGUAAAGAUACAAUGUAUAGUUCAAAUAUAAUUUUCGGUUUUUGUACAUUAUUAUGUUAAAACAUAUACAUUAAAACAUUACCAAAUUAAAUAGUGGAUGAAUGUCAGGCAUUUUGUUUUUUUUAUAGGUUUUUUUUAGGAUUCAAAGUACUAUACAUUUAUCAGAAUGAGGAUUUUAUAGAUUUAUAAAAAUAUCACAUAACACCACUUUUGGAUCAUCCCAUAGAGUUAGGUAGAAUUAUAGUAUAACACGAAUAUUGUAGAUGUUAAACUAAGGGAGCAAUUAAAUAAAAUAUCUUCUAUUAUAUGUAAAUAAAUAAAUUAGAAUCUCAUAAACAUAUAGACGUACUAAAGUAUAUUUAUAAGAUGUUUUACACAAUAGUUAAAUGUUUUCUUGCUUCCCUUGAAAGUAUCUUUUUUUGUUUUUAUGUGGGAUAUGUUUUAAUAUGUGUGUAUUUAUUAUCUAUAUUUAAAUAAAUUUAUAUAAUAUAUUAAUUUAUUGAAAAUAAGAUUAUACAGUAUUAAAUACUUUGUACCUUUUCUCAACAUUAUAAUAAAUUGGAGUUCAAAAUAUUAAAAAGGAAAAAGGGUUCCUAGUCGUCGUUGUACCCUCAAAAAAGUAAGUGCACUAUAAAUUUAAGAUGCACAUGUGAUAUUUUUAUUUACAUAUUAAUGUUUACAAAUAAUUUCUGUGUUUACAUAAUUAAUUAUUUUGUAUGUUCAAUGUGUUUUAUUAAAAAUUAGUGUACUAAAUAGUUAUGUGCCGAACGAAUACAUAUAAACGGCCGAAUAUUCGAUACAAAAAUUUACAAUCAUCUUAAGCUGUAAGUGUAGCCAUCUUAGAUAUAUAUUGUGGUAGGUACGUGUGAUAUUUUUUUAUUAUAAACGAUUGAAUUGUCACACGUGUCUCAAGUAUAUACAUAUGUAUGUUUAUCACACGAUAAGUAAAACAUACCUAGCUAAAUACGGUCAAGUUAAUCAAUAGCGUAUAAAAUAUCGUAACAUUCGGCCAAAUACAUUCGGUGCAUCACUAGUGCUAACUACUAACAAAACAGUCAAUUUUAUAUUUAUAUUAAUAGAAUUAACAUAGUACAUAGAUUCAUUUUAUGUAGAUCUAAAGCUACGUCUCCACUAAACUAAAAGUGGCAAUUUAUGCUGUCGUCACGCAGAAUCUUUCUAUUGUCAACAAAAAACUUUAUCCUUCAGAAAGUGACCAACAUUGUUGCUUCUUCGUUGUUGUCUUUUUGUUAAAUCACAAACAUAAAUUGCCAACUAUUUUAGUGAAGUCGCAACGUAUCUGAUUAUAUUGUUAAGACAUUUCAUGCUAUCGUUUAAUUUUAAAAUAAAGAUUAAAAAUAUUUUUUGUUUUUUCAGCAUGUAUGUUUUUUAUAGAAACCGUUAAACGUAACAAAAUGUUUCUUCCCUCGUCCGGUGGUCUCAUGUAUAAUUAAUAAUAUAAUAUAUGCCUUUAUUAUCCAUCAAGUGUAGUAUCUGUCUAGAAUUUAUAGUCAUCUAAAACAAUACCUAGAAUUCGAGUGUCGUCAACAAUGGCGUACUAAAAAAAAUGAUUGUAGUUUUUUAUGCUGUUUGAAUUAUAAAAGGAAUUUUAUAUUGCUAUUUUAUCUUUAUUAUUUCUUGUGAACAGUCAGAUCUGUGUUAUUUUUUAUGCCUGAAGUUAAACGAAUCAUGAUUAAAGUUUAUGAUAUUGUGUUAUGGGAUCGACAAACGUGUUUAAAUGCUUUUUAAAGUUUUAUAUUAUUACCAUGAUAAAAUAAUAUUACGAGAUAUUUUAUAGCAAAGUUUGAGAAAAAAGAAAGAUAAUUUUAUAAAAUGUUUCAAUAAAUUAAUAUAAAAUAAUUCAUAAAUUCACAUUUCAUCUGACUGUUCACGACGUAAUAUAUUUUUUAGACAAUUGGUUUGUACCGUGUGAGGUUGAAAGGGCUAACAGUGCGAUUCUGUAAGAAUUCACUUCGUAUCUCACUCGUGAAAUGUUGACAAAUAACGGUGAUACGCCAUCUUAAUGCGUGAUCCUAUAAAUUUUAUAAUUCUCAAUGUCACAUAUCACUUUGAUAUUUCACGCCCGUGUUCCGAGUUCAAGUGUCGUCUUACAGAAUAACUCUACAGCAUAAAACACCAAUUUGAAUCUUCUUAAAAUGGAUUGCAUCAACAAACACCCAGCCAAUACAACUAGGACUCUGGAUCUGGCAAAUCGCAGCGCAGAGUAUUUUGUUUAAUUAAAAAUCCGAAAUAAAUUAAUAAAAAAUUGCGCCACCAAAACAUGUUCUGCGCUUCGCUAGAUAUUCUCAGGUCCGUCGAUACCAAUUCUCUUGUUUCUGGAUAAAAUUAAAGUAUUAUUACAUAAAGUCAGAAAUAUACGAUAAUGCGUGUAAUUUUUACGAUCAUUGAUUGCCUUUUCUAGUUCCUACUAUGCAUCGUGGUUGUGGAUCGAUUCUUGCCACUUUUUUACUUUUAAUAAUAUUUACAAGAUUUACGUUAAAAUCUAUUAUUUAUUAAGUAUACUGUGUACCUGCCAGAUCUUUGUCGGUUUGACUCGUAAAUGUUAUACUGUACUCUGUUCUCGUAUAUUUCUGAUUAUCUUUUUAAUUAUGAAUAGUUUAUCGUAUUAUGUGCGCGCUGUACGUGUGACGACACGGCGUUUAGGCAUACACUAACAUGAAAUAAACAUAAGGAAUGUCUUAGUAAA